AUGCUGGGGCUUGACAUUUCCGUCGAGGCGACGUUCAACCUUGCCAUCGUAUACACCAGAAAGGCAACGUUUUUAAGAUUAUACCAACAUGCGAUCGAAGCUAUCGCCUCAAAGUGGUUCUAUGCUGAGAAUGAAACGUUGGAAGAUAAGGCGGCAGGUGGAUCCUCCAAGUCACUAGAAUAUGCCCAGCGGAUCUCCUUUCAGGAAUACGCCAUCCUUAUUGAUGCACUCUCGAAGCACAUCAAGCCAACGGGCGGCGUAACGCCGAAGAAGAUCAAAGCACGAGUGGAGAUGGCCUGCGAGCGGGAAAGGUCGCCAAGAUCGAUAUGGUUGUUGUCCAAGGAGCAGCGUGAUAUGUUGGAUGUGGGACUGUUUGUCUCCCGGCUUCGCGAAAGGCUCACGGGUAACAGGGUGAAGUCCAUGGAGGACGCGGCUGACCUGGACCAAGUCGCUCACGAAUUCUGCGACGAUUGCCGGGUCCUCGGGAAGCCAUCUGCAGACGGCAAUCCCGAAGCAGUAGUACAAUUCAACUUUCGGCUUCUUGUCACGGGGACUUGGACUUCGUGCACUGACCCUCGGAAAAUAUGGAACAGUUUACGCUUUGGGUCCAACCUGGAUCUGGAUGGACCGCACGCCGUGGAGCUAUUGACACACCUAGUUGCAGCACCAGAGUGA